AUAUUUCAAGACAGACUUGGAAGUCAAGAACCUGUUGUAAUUUAUUUCCGGUUAGGCAACAUAGAGAGAGAGAGAGAGAGUGUGUGUAUCUGUGUGGGAAGAUUUGGUUUUCUAGAGAGAGAAACCUCAAGAAGAUCGGAGAAAACUUGCUUGAUCGUAUUUCCAUGGUGAAUCUCUUGAAAUCCUGAGGAAGGAGAGGAGGAGAAAUAAGAGAAGGGCAAAGGUUCUGUUUUAGGGUUAUGUGGUUUCUGAAGGAAGAAGAAGAAGAAAAAGAAGAUGGAGUUGUCAGAUUGCUCUAAUGAGUACGAGAAGCUUGUUGUACGGAUGAACAUGCCCAGGGUCGUCAUCGACAAUGGAGUUUGCCCUAAUUCAACCGUCGUCAAGAUCGACAGCGCGAGAAGUCAGGGCACAUUGCUAGAGUCCGUACAGCUUCUCACGGACAUGGGUCUGUGGAUUCGGAAAGCUUACAUUUCCUCGGACGGGAAAUGGAACAUGGAUGUUUUUCAUGUUACUGAUUCGAAAGGGAACAAAUUAACCGACGAAAACCUUAUCGGUUACAUUGAAAAGUCCAUCGAGUCAUCUCACUACGCUAGAAACGAAGAGUACACCGGUUUAACCGCCAUAGAGUUAACCGGAUUAGACCGAGUCGGUUUACUCUCCGAGGUUUUCGCGGUUUUGGCCGAGCUGCAUUGCGAUGUGGUGGAGGCUAAGGCUUGGACGCACAAUGGCAGAAUCGCGUCCUUGAUCUACGUCAAAGACCCCAAUUCUGGGACACCGAUCCAUGGAGAUUCUGACCGAGUUCAAUGGAUAGAAGGGCAGUUGCGAAAUUUGCUUAAACGAGACGACAGUUACCGAAACGCCACGAGAACGUGCGUAUCACUCGGGGGUCGGAUUCAUAUGGAGAGACGAUUGCACCAAAUGAUGUUUUCUGAUCGAGACUACGAAAAGAAACCCGAUCCCCAGAAAUCUACUGUUGUUUCGGUUCAGAAUCUUCCGAGACGAGGGUAUUCUGUUGUGAACUUGCAGUGUAAAGAUAGAACGAAGCUUCUCUUCGACGUGGUUUGCACGUUAACCGACAUGGCUUACCUUGUUUUCCACGCUUCGGUCCGAACAGAUGGAUCCAAUGCUUUCUUCGAAUUCUACAUCAGACAUGCCAAUGGGACUCCGGUUAAUUCAGAACCAGAGAGACAACGUUUGAUCCAAUGCCUACAAGCUUCAGUCGAAAGAAGGGUAUCUGAGGGUGUGAGGUUGGAACUUUGCACGGCGGAUAGACAGGGAUUGUUAGCGGAGGUAACACGAAUAUUCCGAGAGAACGGAUUGAAUGUAGCGAGAGCUGAUGUAUCGACGAAAGACGGUGUGACCAAGAACGUUUUCUACGUGAUGGAUGCAAAUGGGAGCCCAGCAGACUCGAGAAUAAUCGAAUCGGUUAGAGAAAAGAUCGGAUCGAAACACUUAAACGUGUUAGAACCUUCUCCGGCGAUGUGUCGGAAUUCCGCAGAGGAGGAACGGCCGGAAACACAACGGUACGGCGGGGGAGGGGCAGUGUUGGUGUCGCUUGGGAGUCUUGUUCUGAGAAAUCUCUACCAUAUGGGUUUGAUCAAAUCAUAUUUUUAAAUUAGGGUUACAAGAAAUUGUUACCGGUUAAUGUCGGUCCAUAUACUUAGUAUUUUCCGGUGGUUUGGGGGUUAGGAAUAUUUGGUGAUCGGUCUUGUUGUGACCGAUAGGUGGGUUGCUUUGUUAAAUGACAAGGAGGAAGAUGUUAGGUAGAUCUUUGGUACGUAUAGUUUUGAAAUUUUAUUUUUGUAUUGUAUAUAUACCAUAUGCUGGUUAGAAACAUUGACCUGUGAAAAAUAAUAUCAUUAGCUUUGUAUAUAAAAUUU